AAGAUUUAUAAAUGUUCUGCCUGCACAUAUGGCUUUGCGCCAGAAGAGGGCACCAGAUCUCAUUAUAGAUAGUUAUGAGCCGCCAUGUGGUUGCUGGGACUUGAACUCAGGACCUCUGGAAGAAUAGACAGUGCUCCUAACCUCUGAGCCAUCUCUCCAGCCCCUCAGUAUGUGUAUUUUAAGGUUUAUGAGUCUUCACAUACAGAUUAGUGGAUUCUCACUUAAUUUGUUAUCGCUUGUUUAUGUGUAUGUUUUUGUAGUAAGGAUGUGAGUGUGGACAUUUUCUGAGGUACGGAGACUCAGGUAACCUCCUGGCAGCCUAUAGGGACUGUGGAUAGACAACUCACUAGAAAAUGGUUAUUAUGAUGCCUCUCCAACCUUCUUCUGAAGGGUGGAACCUCGGGGGUGAGAGAUCUUCAAAUUCUUAGUGAGCACAGCAUUGUCUUUGCCUCUUGUGCUUUUUACCAGCUUCCAGAAACUUUUAACUGUGUCCAUUGGGCAAUACCAGAUGGGGGCUGAGUGCCCCACAGACUCCCAGAUUGCAUGAAGGGCUCUUCUCCCAGGCUUCCUUCAGAGAUCACUGAAACAUCCUUCUCCCCAUAGCCGACGAGCAAUCCAAUGAGAAUAGCUGUCAGUGGGUCAGUCUAAACCCUCCUGUUUCUUCCUUAUAUUUCUCUUCAUCGGCUGAUGCUCUCAGCACACCAGGGAACAGACAUAACAGAUGAGAGGUGGCCUUCUCUGGAGUGUUUGGAAUUUCAGUGGGAUCAAAGCCUUGCCCAGUUAUUGUCAAUCCUGGUAGGCUUGCUCCCCAAAGACAUUUGGAAAUAAGCUGAAGACAUUUUAGGUUGCAACUGCUUGGAAUUGCCACAGUAACCCAGUGCGCAGCGGCCAGGGAUGUUGUUGUGAUCUGCUGUGCCGUACAGGAAUCGCCUGGCUGGGAAAGCCAGCAGUGCCUGAAUUGUUAAGCCCUGUACUAACCAAAGGGACACAUCUCUAAUGGGAAACUUCUAAGCAUCUUUCCAGGUCACUAAAUUGAGGAUAGCAUAGAGAAAUUUUCUGGUCCAUCAUGUUGGAUUUAAACUCCAUAAAGGAAGAUUAAAAGAUGCUAUUUGCCAUAGUAGGCAGCCCUGUAGUUAAGGCUUAUCUAAGAGUAAAGGGGUACAUUUAAGUGGGUGACUCAUUUGUACCAUAGAAACCUUAAAGGUUGAAAAGGAAAAAGUAGAGGAAAUUUUGAUAAACCAGACCACAAACCAAUGUGCUUUCUGAGGACGUCAAGAUGUUUGAUGUUUUCCCAGUGCACACACCUCUCUGUCAAAGACAAACCUUGGAUCCCAGCCAAGAUGUGAAAUUCUAUUGUCUGCCAGAGUGGCUGGACAAGUAGUGGCCAGUACGUUGGGCAUGGUGGUAUACGUUUGUAACUUCAGCACUUGGAGGAUGAGGUAGGAGGACUGGGAAUUUGAGAGCAGCCUGAGCCACAGAGGGAGUGUCUCAGAAACAAAACGAAACAGAAAUAGUAGCCACCAGUCGCCAAAGUUACCAAGCUAAGUAAGCCUGGUGCUUGUCCUCAGAGAACUUAUAAUAUGAUCUACACACAUGUAGCAUGUACACAUAAACACAGGUGCAUAUGUGGGCCAGUUCACUAGAGUAAACAUCAGGAGGUGUUGAGAAUGGCUUUCGUUGGGACUGUGGAGGGGAAAGGGAUUCCUUCCAGUCAGCCAUCUCUGGAAUGAAGAGGCAGGAAGACCUGUGCAUCCUAAUGCUCGCCCCACUGCAGACCCUCAAGUUCAUUUCUUUUCCUAGAGCCACCGCACAGAUUAUGGUAGGUGGCUGGUGGUGGGCUGUGAAGGCAGCCCCUUAUUUAAGGGAUGGCUUGGGGCUCUGGGAGAGGCCACAGGAAGCCCUGGGAAGGGAGUCUUUCUCAGGCAAGGUAAAACAUGCCCCUGACAUGCUACACAAGACUCUACCAUUCUGGAAGUCAGGAAAGCAGCCUCAGACUUGGGAAACAACUCACCCCAACUUCUGGGUGGCUCUGACACUUUGUUCUCAGGUCUUAGCUCCCCCAUGUACUCAGCAGAGGGUUAGACCUUACCCACCACUUUCUGCUCCUUCAUUCUUUAAAUAAUAGCCCUGAAGCCCAGAAAGGUAAAAAUGUCCAUUUGUUUUUUGUUGUUAUUAUUUUGUGUGUUUUUUUUUGUUGUUGUUGUUGUUUUGUCCUUCCAUCCUUCUGUUUUUCCUUCCUUUUUGUUUUUGUUCUUGAAACAGGGUCUCAUUAUGUAGCUUUGGCUGUCCUAGCACUCACUGUUGUAGACCAGGCUGGCCUUGAACUCAUAGAGAUCCACCUGCUUCUCAAGUACUGGGAUUAAAGGAUAUAGCACUAUACCUGGCUUAAAAAGGCCUUUUCAAAGACAAAACAGUUUAAAAAUAAAAAUGGAAGUCAUAGAGUAAUACCUAUGAUGUGGUCGCACUUAUGAGUUUGUUUGUUUGUUUGUUUUUAACUUUUUGGAAAAAUGUAAACUGGCAUGGUGUAACUAUCUGUAACUAUAAUGCUUAGGAAGGUGAAGCAGCAGGAUCAUGAAUUCAAAUCCAGCCUAGGUUAUAAAGCAAGUUUAAGGUCAGUUAUACAUUGGAACCCUGUCUCAACAUAGAGCACAACAAAACAUAAAAGUUGAAAAAAUACCCAGAAAGAGAUGGAUUGGUGAACAAGUCAUAGUGGGUCCUUUUGGGCUGGAGGGAAGGAAAGAAAUGGGACACCAGGAAGCUUUUAUUGUUUCAUGAACUUCUGCAUUUCUGGGAAACUACACUGUGACAAAAAUGUGUGCCUCAGCACUUGGAGAGCUGAGACAGGAGCACUAAUGUGAGUUCCAGGCCAGCCUGGGCUACAGAAGAAUCCCCUGGUUUGGGGGGGAAAGUAUGUGCACAUGUAUAAGUGUUUGCAUGUAUGUAUGUGUGCAUACAUGUUGUUUCAUGUAUGUGUGUGUGUGAUAUUUCAAAUGGGGCUCUGAGCAAAGGGCAGGCCUCAGGUGUCUAUUCCUACAACAGGCUAGCGCUGGCCCGUUCCAGCUCUCUAGUACUGUGGUCUGCAAGCCAAGCCACUCUCUUGUACUCUGUCAGGACAUGCCACGGUCAGUACACUCUUUGGGCCAGGCAUUCUCACAGAGUCCUUGAGAUGAAAACUAUUUGUCAUGCUGCCCUAAGCCAGUACUUGGGUUUCAGGUCCAGCUAGCAAACAGAAGAAGCAGGGAGGGGCCAGCUUCUCAGAACCUCACAGAUCAAACAGUCAGGGGAAGCCGGCACCUUGCCUGUAGGACGCUCCCUCGUUUAAGGACUUGAUUCAAGGGGGGAUAGAGUUUCUAGGGGUGGCCGGUGAUACGGAGAGGUGGGAAGAGUUCAGAGACACAGAGCCAAGGAGACAGCACUUCGAGAGCUGGUGAAUCAAUGGGCUUUCUGACUGUCCUGGGGUCUGGUUCCCCAGCGGGUCUAUGGCUGGUCUGUCUCAGAAGAUAAAUGACAAGAGGCAACCUCAGAGGAGAAGAUUUUUGAAUUCUCUUUAUAACUGCUGCUGUGUUGCUUUGUGAAGUCAGAAAACUGCUUCGUUGUUUUGGAGGGUCAGUUUCUUCCACUGAAAAAUAAAGAGCAAGCCAGCCUCCCUCCUCUUAUGGGAGGUUUCAUGAAUGUGUGUCAAGGUGUCUGUCAAACAGCUUAGCUAGCAGGUGGACCCCCUGAUUGACAGGCUCUCGUUUGAAGAAUGAGAUGAGCUGGGAGGGGACCCUCUCAUUUGUCUGGCAAAUGCCUUGUUUUUCAAGACUCAGCUGUAAUGCCAGGCUCCAGGGUCACUUGAAAUGCAUCCCUUCUCUUGCCUUCCCCACGUUCCCACAGCCCCUGGUUCUUAUCUCUGCCUCCAGAAUCCUUAUCUCGCUAUAUUUCAGCUACUUGUUAUGCAGGCCUAUUUCUUUCCAUGAGCCUCUAUGGCUGCUUAGGUUUGUGUCUGUAGGGCUGGGGCAUGGAGAACACCUGUGCCCACUACUGCUGGAGAGAAGGUAUAUGAUAGGAAGAGCCAGUGAGCACCUGGGCCAUUUGUGGCUGCCCUCUACAUAGUUCCAGUGAGGAUAUCCCCCGCAAGCUGUGUAGGGCUUGGACCGGCUCUCCUGUGGCUCCUCACACCUUCUUGGGGUCUGAGCCUUUGAGGCUUCCAAACCUGUGCGGUCACCGCUUGAUGCUUGCACCUCUCUCUUCUAGCUGGGUUAGAUUAAGGGAGAUUUUGGAGAAAAGCACAGCCUGGAUGAAGUAACUUCUAGGACCGAGUGCUCUCUUCCCUUGACCCAGAUCCCAGUAUGGCACAGCUCUUGUUCUCUCCCAGGGUCUGUCACCCCUGCCUGUCCCCGGGCUCUUGCUUUGUGCCCACAGAGCUCUGCCUGGCCCCCAUGCACACAUUACCUCUGGUGCCUACAUUCCUGCAACCCUGUGACCACAACAGGGGACAUUACACAUUCCUAGCCUAUCAGCCAAUGGUGUCAAAAAGAACAGAAUGUCCUAGGACCUGGCCCAGCCCCCUACUUCACCUGGGCCCCUCCCAGGCCUGGACAGGACAAGGUAGGUGGGGUGAGGAGUUCAGAGGGAAAAGAUAAGAAAGACUGAGGGGCCAUCAGGGGCUCCCAGUUUUGGAGGGGCCCAUUCUGUUUUCUCCAGGAUCCUGGGUGUAAGGCAAACCUGGGAUGAUCUUGAGGAAGCCCAAUCAGAUGAGACCCUAGUUUCUGGAAGUCCACUUAAGUUUCUUCCCCCUGGCUACCUUGCCUGACAGGAGAGUCCCUUUGGGGCUGGUUCUCUCCUCUUCCUCCUCGGUCUGUCUCCUUUUUCUGCCUUCCCUGUUCUCCUUGUUUCCCCACCUGUUCUCAGUCAUCCUCCUUCCGCUGUUGCCUUCCUGGCUUUGUGUAGAAUCCUUCCUCCCUGCCCAAGUUCUCUAAGCCUCAUGGGUCUUCUGUCCCUAGUCUCCUUCGCAGUCAAUUCCCCAUCAACCCCUGGCCAAAACUCUGCUGCAGGUACUUGGUUCACCUGUCCGCAAGAGCCCUCCUCCCUGGACAGCUCCCAGACCAAGACUCCUCCUCCCACCCUCCCUCUGCCCUGCUCACCUUUAAUUGAGAUGCUAAUGAGGCUUCUGUCUCCCAUCCCUGGCCGAAGGGCGGGCGGGCUCCGCGGCCAGGCACUGCACCUGUCAGGUGAGAGGGUGGAGAGGCUCUACUGCCAGAUUCAACUGGAAAGAAACCAGUCACAGCCCAGCCACACCUGGGAGCUGGGAGCAGAAGGCAGCUCAGGCCUCCUGUAGCCCUGCAGUCCCUGGGGCAGAGAAGGAGGGAGCAGGGAGCUGGAGGCCAGGGCUAGAGCUCAGAGAAGAGGACCUAGGAGGAGAUAGGGAAGGCAGGGGAGGAAGUGAGGCGGGAUCAGAGGGCCUGGCACAGAGAGGGAGACCCAAAGAGAAGCAGGAGGCAGCUGGGCCAAGAGGGCGUGAAAGCUGGAGCCAGUCACACACUGUCCGGGAGGAAAAGGGCAAGAGGGAGAGAGAGGCGCUAAGCCAGGCUGCCUGCCUGCUGUGGAGAGUCCAGGAGGUGCUACCCGGCAAAGGGAGGUGGCCUUCGCUGUGAAGCUUCGUGGCUACCCCAGUGACGCUCAGUGCUGCCUGGCUGACCCCAACUCCAGAAGGGCUCCAUGAAGGACGACAAGUUCAAGGAACAAGACCCUUGUCCUCCUCAGUCCAUGCGAGGGACGGGGAAAGGAGACAAGCAUGAAGAAGGGGAGCCAGGCCCCGAACCCUCAGCUCCCCCGCAGCCCACGGAGGAGGAAGAGGCACUAAUCGAGUUCCACCGCUCCUACCGAGAGCUCUUCCAGUUCUUCUGCAACAAUACCACCAUCCACGGCGCCAUCCGCCUGGUCUGCUCCAAGCACAACCGCAUGAAGACAGCCUUCUGGGCAGUGCUGUGGCUCUGUACCUUCGGCAUGAUGUACUGGCAAUUCGCCCUGCUGUUUGAGGAGUACUUCAGCUACCCCGUGAGCCUCAACAUCAACCUCAAUUCAGACAAGCUAGUCUUCCCCGCCGUUACUGUCUGCACCCUUAACCCCUACAGAUACAAAGAAAUUAAGGAGGAGCUAGAAGAGCUAGACCGCAUCACGGAACAGACGCUCUUUGACCUCUACAAAUACAAUUCCUCCCACACUCGCCAGCCCGGGGCCCGCCGCCGCAGCACCCGCGACCUCAGGGGCGCCCUCCCGCACCCCCUGCAGCGCCUACACUCGCCCUACCCAGCCCGCCCGGCGCGCAGCUCUUCCAGCGUUCGCGACAACAACCCGCAAGUGGACCGGAAAGACUGGAAGAUCGGCUUCCAACUGUGCAACCAGAACAAAUCAGACUGCUUCUACCAGACGUACUCAUCCGGGGUUGACGCAGUGCGGGAGUGGUACCGAUUCCAUUACAUCAACAUUCUGUCCAGACUGCCCGACACCUCCCCGUCCUUAGAGGAAGAAGCCUUGGGCAACUUCAUCUUCACCUGUCGCUUCAACCAGGCCCCCUGCGACCAGGCGAAUUAUUCUCAGUUCCACCACCCCAUGUAUGGAAACUGCUACACUUUCAACAACAAAAACAACUCCAGUCUCUGGAUGUCUUCCAUGCCCGGAGUCAACAAUGGUCUGUCCCUGACCCUACGCACAGAGCAGAACGACUUCAUCCCCCUGCUGUCCACAGUGACAGGGGCCAGGGUGAUGGUACACGGGCAGGAUGAGCCAGCCUUUAUGGAUGACGGUGGCUUCAACUUGCGGCCUGGCGUGGAGACCUCCAUCAGUAUGAGGAAGGAAGCCCUGGACAGCCUUGGAGGCAAUUACGGUGACUGCACUGAGAAUGGCAGCGAUGUCCCCGUCAAGAACCUUUAUCCUUCCAAGUACACGCAGCAGGUGUGCAUUCACUCCUGCUUCCAGGAGAACAUGAUCAAGAAGUGUGGCUGUGCCUACAUCUUCUACCCUAAGCCCGAGGGCGUAGAGUUCUGUGACUACCGGAAGCAGAGCGCCUGGGGCUAUUGCUACUACAAGCUGCAGGGCGCCUUCUCCUUGGACAGCCUGGGCUGUUUCUCCAAGUGUCGGAAGCCGUGCAGUGUGACUAACUACAAGCUCUCUGCUGGCUACUCACGGUGGCCAUCUGUGAAGUCCCAGGAUUGGAUCUUUGAGAUGCUGUCCUUGCAGAACAAUUACACCAUCAACAAUAAAAGAAAUGGAGUUGCUAAACUCAACAUCUUCUUCAAGGAGCUGAACUAUAAAACGAAUUCGGAGGCUCCCUCGGUCACGAUGGUCAGCCUCCUGUCCAACCUGGGCAGCCAGUGGAGCCUGUGGUUCGGCUCCUCUGUGCUGUCUGUGGUGGAAAUGGCGGAGCUCAUCUUCGACCUCCUGGGCAUCACGCUCAUCAUGCUACUGCGCAGGUUCCGAAGCCGCUACUGGUCUCCAGGACGAGGCGCCAGGGGUGCGAGGGAGGUGGCCUCCACUCCGACUUCCUCCUUCCCCUCCCGGUUCUGUCCCCACCCUACGUCCCCACCACCUUCUUUGCCCCAUCAGGGCACAACCCCUUCCCUGGCCCUGACGGCCCCUCCGCCUGCCUAUGCUACCCUGGGCCCUCGGGCCCCUCCACUGCACCCUGCAGUACCUGGCUCUUCUGCCUGUGCUCUAGAGGAGCGCUGAGACAGGAGAGUGCUCCUCUCAGCCGGGCCAGUGCUCCCUGGUAAGCUGAGGGAUAUCUCAUCUUCAGCAGCACCUUCCACGGCUUGGCUUGGCUUCCGAGCUUUCUUUGGUGUGCCUGAGGGAAUAGUCUAAGGGGCCCAGGAAGUUGUCCAGAGAACUGGCUAAUGAGCUCCUCAGAGCUGCCCCCUCCUGCUUCUGAUCCCCGCUGCGCACGCAAGCACAGACAAGUCUCCUCUCCCCUUGGAUCAGCCAAGCCAAACUUGGAACUUUGACAAGGAACUUUCCUGGGAAACGACCAACGAAUAAAUAUAAACAAGGCACAGAAGAGCAGCCACAGGUUUCGGCCAGACGUUGGCCUGGCCUCACUGUCUUCUGGGACACAGAUGUCUGCUCUCCUUCUUGAACUGGAGUGGGGAAGCCCACCUGAAAACCCCCUUUGUUAGUGCCCUGGCAAUUCCCCUUCCCUCAUUCUCCGGGGUGGCCAGCGUAAAAGGACGAUAGUAAAGGUUUGGCCAUUCCCCUUCAUUCAUUUCCGAGACUGUCCUCCCAUUUGAUACGCCAGACCCCAGGGCCUCUGCAGCGUGCCCUUCAUAUUUGUCUUUUUAGCUAUUUCCUCAGCCUAGAAGCUUCCUCUGCCAUCUCCCAGAGAACUUCUAUGCGUCCCUCAGAGCCAUGCUCAAAGGCACUGUUACUUUUGUGAACUCUUUCACCCCGUCCUUUCUCCCCCAGCGCUGUCCCCUCUUCCCUCCCUCAUUCCCACAUUAUAUGUUCACAUGCUUUAGUAUCUGUCUCUCUGAGUAGACUGUGAACUCCUUGUGGUCGGUGAUGAGUGUUGUUCAUUUUUGUAUCCUUCCGGUCUAGCCCAAUAUCUCUGUUGGAGCGGGCAGGCAGGUACCCAAUAAAUGCUUGUUCCAUAAAA